AUGACCUUAACCGACGUCAGUAACGACGCGAAAGCUGCCGCGCCGGGGGCGAACCGCUACGCCGGGUUCCACAUCCCCGGACUCACGUGUCAGCCGUUGGUGGACACGAAGAAAUCCAAAAGAUCUUUGGCGGCGAGAUCGGCCGCGAACGCCGCGGCGCCGGUCGCGCAGCCGACGCGGGAGCCCGGGCUCGGACGCGCCGCGAGGCGGAAGGCCGCGGCCGCCGCCGCCGCCGCGGCCGCGGCGGCGGCCGCGGCGGCGGAGGCGGCGGCGAAGGAGGCCGCCGCCGCGCCGUCGCCGGCGGCGGCGCGAUCCGCGCCGGCGGAUGCGUCACCGGAAGCGACGACACCGGAAGCGGCGCCCGCGAAGACGACGAACGCGGGGUCGACGCCGUUCCAACCGAACGCGCGCGGCGCGGCGCGCGACGACGACGAGACCACGCCAAAGGUGGUGAACGUCACGGGGAAGAAGCCCGGGACGCCGUACGCGCGGGGCGUGCCCGCGGACGACGACGACGACGACGACGACGACGAAGGCGACACGGAGGAGAUCCCGUCGUUCAACGCGACGGCCGGGAAAGCGCCGAGGAGCGAGUCCGCCGAGGACGCGGCGGCGGCGGUGGUCCAAGACGGAGAAGAAGAAGAGGAGGAGGAGCCUGAGAUGAGCGAGGAAGAGGCGGCGAACGCGGCGGCGGCGGCGGACGCGAUGCGCGCCAACGAAGCCGCGGCGGCGGCGGCGGCGGCCGCAGCGGGCGGGACGACGCGGCCGACCGGUCGCGUCACGCGCGGGAGCCGCCGGACGGCGCCGUCGAGGUACGGCGAGUUCAUGGCCUGGGAUUCGGUCAAACCGGGCGUCGUCACGCCCGGGCAGCCGCUCAAGAACGCGAAAGCGAACGGCGGCGGCGGUGGAGGCAGCGGCGGCCGCGUCGGCGGCGACGGCGGCGAGCGCAAGGCGUCGAGCUCGGAGAAGGACUCGUCCCCCGAAGAUCCGAACUCGAACCCCCCUAGCUGGAAAAACCCGAAAGGCGCCGGCGCCGGCGCGGACAGAGCGGUCCAGGAGGUCCACGAGCGCGUCGCGGCGUUGAUGCAGAUGGCCGAGGACGUCCUUCCGAUCGACCAAGAGCCGCCGACGCCGGCGGGGGUCGUGAAGAAGGGACUCCGCGAGCAGCUGUCCGACUCGUGGAACAACCAAGGGUACUACGCGAAGCUCGCGGCGCAGAUGAUGACGCCGCCGGCGAAAUCGGCGAGGCCUGCGGCCGUCCCCGCCGCCGUCUCCGCGGCCGUCCCCGCGGCGGCAGCGAAGAAACCGGCGGCGGCGACGGCGAAGAAGGUGACGAUCGUCGAGGAACCCGCGGCGGCAGCGGCGGGCGCCGCGAAGCCGUCGCGCGCGGCGAGGGCGGCGUCCCGCGCGACGCUCGCGACGGCGAGCUCGCUCGCGAAGACGCGUCAGAAGUCGGGCGACGCGAAUGACCCUAAUAAAGCCUCGUGUAGGACGCCGGCGAAGGAGCAACGGAGGAUGAGCGUCGGCAAACCGUCGGAGGCGGCGAAGACGCCGGGUCUGAAACAGAGGAUCGAGUCUGGCGUACCCGGUUUUUCAAAGACGCCGGGACUGAAACAGCGGAUCGAGGCGUUGGGGUCGAAGACGCCCGGCGGGACGUGGACGAUGGCGAAGGACAACGCGCUGUUUAACUCCUCUCCGAGCGAGUGCGGCGACACCCCGCCGGCGUUCGGGUCGACGUGCGUCGCGCCGCCGUUCCGAGCCGCGGCGGCGGCGGCGAACGACCGAGAGACGGCGGUGUUGCGCGCGGACCUCGCGAUGACGAAGAGCGAUCUGGAGUCGACGAGGGAGGAGCUCGAGUCGCUCAAGGCUGACUUGGCGUUCGGUGGCAGCGAGGGCGAGUCGUGGGCCAAGAUCGCGGAGUCGAGGGCGGAGCAGCUUCGCGCGAAAGAGGCGGAAUGCGCGGCGCUGCGCGAGGAGAUGGCCGCGCUGAAGAGAAACGCGCGGCGCGCGGUGGGCGACGUCGCCGCCGCGAUGAAGGCGAUGCUCGAGCAAGGCCUCGACGGCGUCGCGAUGGUCGAAGCCGAGGCGCUCGAGACGCUCGCGUCGUCGUCGAAGAAAUGA